CAAGGCUGAUGAGCAUAGCACUUCAUAGUGACGAGAUUUGAUUGUCCUGCAUUGAGUGGAGAUAAGCUCGAGUAUAUGUUUCCAGUUCCGGUUCAGUUUAGUUUAGUUUGCUUGCAUUGCUGAUAGGAAUGCAAUUUUUUGUCAGCAUUCGAGCAAAACCAGACCAGUCUGGUUAAAACCAAUUUUGCAACCAACCAACCAACUUAACGUGCUUCCCUUCUCUUCUGUUGAAGACUUAGAUAGCCAGGCAUUCAUGCCUAAGGUUAGCGACCCACAUCUGUAUGCAAUAUUAGUAUAUGCGUACACGUGUCGAUGCGAAUCGCAAUAUGCGUUGAAUUGCGUUGUGCGUCUACAUUUUUCAUUGGGAAACUGGUCAAACAAUGUGCAGAUUGGGGUUUAUUGGACUCGAAAGGAACACAUUGUUGUCGCCAGUUCAAUUGGAGUUGAAAAUUUUAAUCUGGGCUGAUACUUCGCAUACGAGAUGAGGGAUGCAUCUACUAAAUAGGAAUUUGGCUACGUGCAUUUGUUGGAGACAAGCAUGCUUUUAAUGUUGAUGAUCUCUUCUGCCUGGCAGGAGCUUUGCAAAACCUUGUACAUAAAUCGCAAUGCGUGUAGCUACGCCAUUUACACCAAAGUAACUGUAGGCUUGGUGGAUAUGUAUUUGCUGCGUUGAAAAUUAAUACAGCACAACAAUUUGUAACGCAAUAAAGUUCAAUAACAAAUUGAACUUAAGAUGAAAGCUGAACACAACAUUGUUCAGAAAUAAUGAUAACAAUAAUAUUUUUACAAAAUGAAAGUGAUGCUAAUUAAUUAUUUCAAUUGGUUGUUAAACUGCAUUUUAGUUUUAUUUUCAUAUACUUAAACCAUGCACGUUUUACAAAUAUCAUGUUUUUUCAUAUUUUCCGUUGGACAAGCAAUGGAGGAAAUAUCCUUCCAAAAUUCUAGUUUGGAAACGGAUAGAGUUCUGGACGAAGAAGAAUUUGUGUUUGACCAACUGAAACCAGCCCCAGAUUCCGGAAGCCAUCAAAUCCUACGGGUGUCUUUGAAUCCUGACGACCCUCCCGGUGAGUGGGGUUCUCCAGUCGUGAUAUCAAAUCCGACGACAGAACAACAGACGCUCAUAGCCAGAGGUUACGAAAGGAAUGAAUUCAACGAAUAUGUGUCGGACAUGAUUCCGAUUAACAGAAAACUUCCUGACUUUCGAAACGAUUGGUGUAAAAAGCCAAGAUUGCACUUGCCAGAAGAACAGCUACUUCCGACAAGCGUGAUAAUAUGUUUCCACAAUGAAGCGUGGUCAGUUCUACUUCGGUCAAUUCAUUCCAUUUUGGAUCGGACGCCGCACAAUCUCCUCUCGGACAUUAUUCUUGUCGACGACUUUUCCGACUUUGAACAUUUGGGAGAAAAGUUAGAAAAAUAUGUUGCGACGUUGAGCAAAGUGCGAUUAAUUCGGGCACAAAAGCGAGAAGGGUUAAUCAGGGCGAGGAUGUUGGGUGCUUCGCAUGCACAGGGACCGAUUCUCACAUUUUUCGAUUCGCACAUUGAAGUGACCCAAGGAUGGUUUCAGCCAAUGUCCGACAGAAUAACGAAGAAUCGGACGGCCGUGGUUUGUCCAGUCAUAGACCAAAUUAACGAAGACACGCUGGAAUUCAAAGUGGUGGAAAGAUCAGUCACAAUUGUGGGUGGGUUUUCGUGGGAUUUGAUGUUUAACUGGGUACCAGCACGAGACGAAGUUUUGCGAAGCUUGCGAACGCCAGCCGACCCAAUUCCUUCUCCAACCAUGGCAGGGGGGCUAUUUUCCAUUCACCGAGACUUUUUCAGAUAUUUAGGACAGUACGACGAAGAAUACGAAAUUUGGGGAGCAGAGAACCUAGAGUUGUCCUUUAAGACUUGGAUGUGCGGAGGAACACUUGAAAUCAUUCCGUGCAGUCACGUGGGUCAUAUUUAUCGGAAAAAGUCACCAUACGCUCAUAAAGUAAAGAACGGAUUUUCUUUACAUCGAAAUCUUGCACGGCUAGCUGCAGUGUGGCUUGAAGAAUACGCCUCUUAUUAUUUCUCCAGGAGUGGAACUGGUCAAUUUGACUUUGGCGAUGUCACAUCCCGACUCGAGUUAAAAAAGAAGUUGAAAUGCCGACGAUUUGACUGGUACCUGGAAAAUGUUUUUCCAGACAUGUUCAACCCAAAAAAGACGGUGGCGCACGGAGAGGUGCGUAAUCAAGGAUUUGGAGGAGUUUUAUGUCUGGACGCAAACUCCUUGACAGUUGAUGGGAUAAAUUCACCCGCAAUUGUUUGGCCUUGUCAUAAGCAUGGAGGCAAUCAAUUUUGGUUUUACUCACCAACUGGAGAAAUGAGACGCGAGGAAUUGUGCUUGGAUUAUGCAGGGGGACCGAGCGUCAAAAUGUACCCUUGCCAUGGAUCGAAGGGGAAUCAACUCUGGAUAUACGAUGAUGAGACUGGAUUUCUCUCCCAUGUGCAUUCUCAACUCUGCUUGACAAUGGACCAGCGAGAUUCUUUGUCAAUGGAACGAUGUGAAGAAAGAAUUACGCAAAGAUGGAAGUUUGAAGCGUACAAUAGAAAUUUUGUACGGAAAUUAAGCACACAAGUACAAUCUAGCUUAAGGCAUAACCAAGAAAUGUUUACUGAACUUUAAACCUUUUAUGUUUUUAUUUAUUAUUUUUGUACUUAUUUAUUUACAACUGAUAUUUCAUACAAUUCGCAUUAUUAUAUUUUACGCUAUGACACGUCAAUUAAACUGAGACUUUCACUCACAUUAUUACAAUUGUUUGUAUGGUAUGUUAUAUUUAUUUAUGGAACCAAUUUCUAUUUUCUUAAUCACUCGAGUGAUUAGAAAUGUGCAUGUG